UGGGACAGUCAGAACCGCAACCACAGAAGCAAACAACAGUGAUGAGACACGGAUCUAGUUUUGAGUGAGAGUUAAUCUGUCCCUGCUGCGUUUUCUCCUCCUGUCCUGUUCGCUUUAGAAGGUUCUCUUCUUUACUGAGUUUCAUUUCAGAGGCCAGGAAACAGCUAAAUGAAUAAUUUUUCUUCCAUUGAUUUUCUAUAUAAAUCCCUGCUAUUGAUUCACCAAUUCUUUCUUAAUGAAUGGGCUGUCACCAUGAGAAGCAAUGGGAGUCGACAGUUGGCCACGAAGCGCUUGUAAUAAUUCUGAGUCCAUUUAAUGUUCCUACAGCGAUUGUAUUGGACCUUUUCCCACGAUUUCCAAAAACCCAAUAAACUAAGACUCAAUGCUUUUUUGGGGGGUCAAUAUAGGGAGAUAUCAUGAAUUUGGGAGUGACUAAACCUCUUUUGGGAUGUUUUUAAUCCAUAGUGCCUCUUUGGCUAUACGUGAAAGCAUGGCUGGGUUUGAUGAAGACCCCAGAAAAAUUCUUUGGAUGUCUGGUCAAAAAAAAAAAGAAGAAAUUUGUGUCUGUCUACAUUCAGCUAAAAAUGAAACAUCCUCACUCUCCUUUUCCACUGGAUGUGUGUGCAGUGUGUGAAGUGAUAAACACAUUUUACCCGCAGGCUUCCAACCAGGAGCGUUCUGCACAGAGGGUCUCGCGAGGUCAUGAAACCACAGGAGAAUUGGAAUACCAUGUGUGAUUUCGGAAGUUCAGAAAGGGUUGUCCCAACCUCGGCCACCAGAGCAGCAGCACCUGUGACACUCCUCCUCCUCCUCACUUUGAGGGGAAGCAGCAGCUCAGCGUGGAACAAACAAGAACAAUGGGUCGCAAGCUGGACUUGUCGGGCCUGACGGACGAUGAGGCAGAACACGUCCUGAAAGUGGUUCAGCGUGACAUGAAGCUGAGGAAGAAGGAGGAUGAGAGGCUGAGUGAGAUGAAGCAGGAGCUCGCGGAAGAAGGCAGCAGAUGCUCCAUCCUUUCCAAGCAGCACCGUUUCAACGAGCACUGCUGCAUCCGCUGCUGCGCGCCCUUUACCUUCCUGCUCAACCCCAAGCGCCAGUGCCUGGACUGCCAGUACAACGUGUGCAAGGGCUGCUGCACCUACAGCAAGAGGGACAAAGCCUGGCUCUGCUCUGCAUGCCAGAAGGGCAGGAUUUUUAGGACACAGUCUCUUGAAUGGUAUUACAACAAUGUGAAGGCCCGCUUCAGGAGGUUUGGCAGCGCCAAGGUUCUGAAGACUCUGUACAGAAAACACAUUAUAGAGAGAGGAACGCUCUCUGAUCUCCCAGAAAGCAGCGUUCACGAGGGAAGCAUCGACAACGAUGGCAGCAUCUGCGGCAGCGACUCCGUCUUUUACAAGCAGAGUGAAGGACACAGCGUGGCAGAAACCCUCACAGUCGCCCUGCGGGUCGCAGAGGAAGCUAUAGAGGAGGCCAUUGCAAAGGCAGAGGAGUUUCGAGACAGUUUGGAAAAGCAAAAUGAGGCUCGAUAUCUACGGGACCACAAAGAAGAGCUCAUAGAGGAACUCGCCACAACAAUUGUACAAAAAAUCAUCCAGAGAAGGAAGCGUUCAGAGAUGCAAACAGAGUAUGACUUUGUCUGGCCACAGCCUCAGUCUCUGAUCACACCUGGUGAACUUCCCUCUCCUUCUCAGCCUCACACUUCUUCACAAGACCCUCUCAAGAGCCCCUACCCUCUCUGGAGGUCCCGCUCAGCGUUCUCCCUCACCAGCGACGACUCCCUAGAUAAAGGUCCAGAGGAGGAGGCUGCUGGAGCAGGAGGCGGAGCCUUGCAGGAGUACGUGUCUCUAAAAAGAGAGGCCAAGGUUGCAUCUUUACCUGGCUGGAAAAGUAUGGAUCGUCUGGACAACUCAAGUGCAUCCUCUGUGCUCCAGAGCCCAGAUGGGAACUGGAUCGCGCUGCACAGCUCUCAGCUUUCUCGGCCCAGCCUGCUCACCAAGAGGAAGAGUUUAGUGUUCAGCGUUCUGGAACAAGAGUCCAACGUCGUGUCUGCUUACGAUGAGAUGGGAUCUGAGGAGGAAGACGAGGUGGCAGACGAAGGAGGCUGGGGCGCGGCGCUGCAGCAGUUCAGGCGCAAACUGUCCGAUGAAACGUACUACACGGACUCGCAGCACGACCCGGAAUGGACUUACACCCAGCACCUUCCUGUCACCUCGCCAUCCUCUGGGCAGUACACCAACACAGAAACCCUCAACUCAGACUCCGAAGCCUCGUCUGUGCUGUCAGCGUAUCCUCGAAAACCACCUCACAACCUGCUAAAGAAGAAAGGACCAGCCGAUGCUUUUCUGCACCCUCAUCAGCAGCCGCUGUACCAACAACACCUUCAGCAGAACUUACCUCCUUACACAGCCCACUCAGAGGCCCUGGAUGUGAACUUUAACCCCAAGGUGACUGGGGACAGCAGUGAUGCUGAGGAGAAGCAGAGCUUUAGGAUAUCGCGGCGACGCAGGAGGAGCAAAAAGGAGUCGUCAGCGGAGCAGAGCAGGCCAGGAGGCCCAAGUCACGCACAGUCCAUCUACCCCUUAGCACAAGAUAACAGCGGUUUUCUGCUCCACGCUCUGCUGAAGAGAGGUUUAAGUGAUGAGCAGCCAGUUCCUGACUGCAAACUAACAGCCACAACUGCCCCAUUAGAUCCUACGAUGCCUGAAACAGAGGUCUUUGAUAUCGUGGCUCCACACUCCCCAGCCCCCAACCCUCUUCAGCACCAACCCAUGUCCCCAAGGCCGCAGCUCUUCUCCAGGAGCUUGGGUCUUGAAUUUUGCAAAGGAGACAAUAUGGAAGAAGAAGUACAAUCUAAACUCAUUCAGAUGGUCAGUCGAGGCAACAGCAAAGAUACCAGCUCGUCUGACGAGGAGUGCAUGCAGAAGAACAAACAGACGGAAAAAGCAAGUGAGAAGCAGAAAGAGAAGCUACGACCAAAGGAGUCAGAGAGGCCAAGGCGGCGUGCGAGUGACAACAGGGAGAUGGACGGAGAAGCUCUGGAACGAGUGAACGGACAAGAGGUAAAAAGAGGUGCAAGACUGGAGAAGAGUUCCUCGGUGAGAGAGGAAGUUCAGGAGGAGGGAAGUGAGAGUUUGGAGGAGAAAGUAGACGAGCCGGCGCAAAAGAGAGGCGACAGAAGAGAGAUGAACAGAGUGAGUAAGAGACAACAGAAAAGAGAGGUGGGGAAGGUCGCAGGAGCCAGGAGGAGUGUAUCCAGUGCCAGUUUCCCUGCUGUUUCACCUUCUGCCCAGGAGGGGGAGCUCUCAAACAACCAGGUGGGACAGGCUGACUCGGAACAGCAGCAGAGACUUCAGCUGCUCUCUUCUGUCCUGCAGCAGCAGAAGUAUUCAGCAGCAUCGCUCUGCAGCAUCACCACAGAGGUGCUGAAGGUUCUGAAUGCCACCGAGGAGCUGAUUGGAGAGGCGGGAGGUGACAGCUUCACACCGUCGGAGUCCACGAGUGCCUCUCCCAUCUCCAGUUGCUCCGAGACCCGCAGGCUGGACCAGAGGCUCACCAAGAUGGAGGAGAACGUCUACCUGGCAGCUGGAGCUGUGUAUGGCCUGGAGGGGGCGCUGGGGGAGCUGGAGCAGUGUGCCCGCGGGAUCAGCAGCGGGACCACAGACACGGAGCUGGCCUUCCUGGAGGACCAGGUGGCCACUGCAGCAGCUCAGGUCCAGCAAUCUGAACUUCAGAUAUCAAACAUCGAGGCCAGGAUAUCAGCUCUGAAAACAGCAGGGUUGAAUGUGACUGUCUGCAAUCGCUUCAAGUUGAAACCCAAGUCCAAGCCUGAAACAAUCGAUUCUUCACGCCAUCAAAGGAGGAAACUCCCAGCGCCUCCCCUGAGAGAAAAGCUGGAGUCAGAGCAGCAGGUGAGAGUACUUCGGCCAUAGUGACAGAGAGCAGCACAACUCGUCCCUAAGGGCCACUGUAGAGCCCCCUCUGGGACAGGGGCCCCUCACAUCUAGUGCCUUGAUGCAGCAUCUGCCUCCAGCUGUAGGCCAAACCGGGGCCAAACACCUGCCCUGCACCCAGCACUCGCACUCAGUCCCAAAUCACCAAAAUCAUGACUGGCUCUUUAUCUUUUACGUCAUUAAUCAUCGGCUUUUCUUUCACUCUUCACAGCGUAAUUAAUGCAAGGAUGACUCGGCAGUUUCUGCCUUAAAAUCUUCAAAACACUCCUCAUGUUAAGCAUAACUAAAACACUGUACAGAUGAAAAAAAAGAAUGUUGUUAUUAAACAUAAAAUUUCAUGUGAAAUUUUCCCAAAUACAGAUACUUUUUCUACUUUAUUACUAUAAUUUACUCACCAAAUGAAAUAUGAGUAAAUACAAGAACUUAUUCACCCACAAAAAGGUUUAUUUUUCCUUUUCUCACAAAUAAAUUAAGCUGUUGAAUGGUAAAGUAAAGCUGGUUGUAAUUUUUUCAUAUUUUGCUAUUUAAAUAGAAGAAAAAUGCAGUCAUAAUAUCUCAGUGUUUGGAUAUGCAAAGUAUCAGGGCCAUAGUGUUUGUAUCCAUAAAUACUACAAAGCACACUUGAGAAGUAUGCUAAGAACAAAUCACUUGAAAAACUUUGCAACAUUUUAUUUAUGAGCUAGCGCCGCUGAAGCGGUCUGACAGAGGUAGCCCAACCUAUUCUAGAAAUAAAGAAAACAAAUACUGUAGCUUAAUCCACUGGAUUUAAAGGAAUAUUCUACCCAACUGAAAUUUAGCCUGUUACCAUAUUCCACAGAGUUAGACAAGUGGGGGAAAAGCUCAGGCACUAUCCUAAUCUGGUGGUAUUCGGUUAGCUUUAGCUUAGCAUAAACAAUGUAAGUGAAUGGUAACAGCUAGCAGCUACAAAGCACCGUGGCCCCAAAACUCAUCAUUUACUUUCAUUAGAGUAAAAUGUUGUAAAUGUUAUACAGUAAACCUAAUGACAGUAAACUACAAGUUUUGAGGAUCCUGUGUGGUGUUGUUGCGCCUUGCAGUGGCGGUUUACAGCGGUGCUUUGUCGUAAGGUAAUCCAAGUCUAAAUCAACUCCUGUAAUUCUUUCAUGUUCCUUAUUAUUGUCAUUUUUAGUCGAUGUGAAUAUUGAGGUGAUCAAGUCAAAUUAGGAUCAUUAUUGAGGGAUUUUCAUGGUUUUUUUAACAAGAUGCUAGCUGGUACUGUUCACUUCCACUGUUUAUGCUAAGCUAAAGCUAACAGAAUACUGACAGAUUUGAAAAAUGACUGGGCUGGUUUCAAAAUGUUUGUUUCCUACUUAUCUAAGUCUGGGGAAUAUGGCAACAGAUACAAUUUCACUUAGGGGUGAAAUAUCACUUUAACUCUCAUUUAAUUUAAUUUUAGCUCAGGACUAGUAUCAGUAACAAAAAAUUGCAAGGUCAAGCUCAAAGCAAAGAAAAUUUGAUGUAAAAACUUUUUUUCAUGUCGGAAUAUUCCGUUUUUUUUUUAUCUUUUUUGUUAGUUUGAACUUUGUGGCCUUUUGUUGAAUAAGCUGUAUGAUUUGUACCUUUGCUGGAUCAUAUUGGAACUUUUGUGUUAAAUUAAGGUGUAAAGAUUUUACAUAACAACAUCAGGCAGGCUGUAUAACAAACGCCAUAAAAACAUGAUUUUGUUACGAGCGAUUUAUUUUUAUACUUACUGAACAUUUUUAUGCAAUACCACUGAAAUAUUGCGAAUUAAAGGCUUUAUUUUCCCUUCUAUGGAAACCUCCUCAGUUCAGACUCUCGGAGUGCUUUUGACUGGGAGCCUUUUACCGUUACUGAUGAUGCAAAAUGCUACAAAAACACAAAUGAUAAGAAUUUAGUUUUAUGUGUUGGUCAGUAUGAGUCACCGUGUUCUCGUACUCUCCUUAAACACUAGGUUUGUGGAGACUGCCUUUGGUUCAUUUGGGUGUUUUUUUCCUCCUUCUGUGACCGCUUGCAUUCAUCAGGAUCUGAUUUAAGCAUGCAUAAUGUUUGUUUUGCUUCAACGAAGCUUGAGAGCAGGGUUGGAUGUUCUGUUCGACUGCUUAAAAGAUGUGAUGAUCUUCAGUAUGAAUGCUCUGGCCCCCUUUCAUCACAGCUUUGAGUUUGCACACCGAUCAUGUCCUUUUCGUCAGUCUUGUUCUCCAAAGAUGUUGUUGUAAAAAAGCAUGUUUCUGGUUUUAUCGAAUCGAUGUAAAGUUUCCCACGAGAAGCACAUCCGCAAGGGUCCAACUAUCAGUGUCCUGUAUUUUUCUAAUGUACAAAAAGAAGAAAAACAGCUAUCUCUCAUCACAGAGUUUGUUAAUAUGUGUAUAUGUGUGAAAAGAUGGAAAUGGUAUAGUAUAACUUGUUUAUUGCCAAAUCAUAGUUGACAAAUCUUUCAGUAUUGUGUGCAAGAGGCUGUAAACAUUGUUCUGAACUUGUGAGAUUCACACAAGAAGUGGUUAUUGCUGUUGGAAUGAAACCCAGACAGGAAGGAAUUUGGACAAUAACAAAAAAUACUUUAGUUCCUGUUUAAAUCCAGUCUGAAUGUGCACCGCUCCACAGGCGGGCCGCUCACUCUUUACGUGUAACCGUUUGUUGCGAUCCGUACGCCAUGUUGGGAGUAAAUACGGGAAAGCAAAAAAAAUGAAGAUUCUCUUUGUGCCACAAUAAUCUCAGAGAUUAAAAAUGUAUUAUGGAACAAAUAAAACAUUU